UCUCUUCCCUUCCUAAUUGAUGCCCUUUCUCUUCCAUCCUCCGGCGCACAAUAGCACUGUCCGCCGUUUUUUCCCCCUCUUUGAGGCGCACGAAAACUCUCCUCUCCUCUCCUCAUCGAAACCCUAGAAUCGUUCUUGAUCCGAUCGCCGGAAGCAUGUCCAAUCCGUGGGGCGGCGUCGGCGCAUGGGCGCUGGAUGCCGAGCGGGAGGAGGCGGAGGAGCGCGAGCGAGAGGCGGUCGCCGGCAGUCUUGCGCAGAGCUUCCCCAGCCUGAAGGAGUCGGCCUCCUCCGCCUCUACCAAGCAGAAGAAAAAGAAGAAGAACGCGGCCAUACCCUUGGCCCAGUUCGUCGCCACCGGCGGCGCCUCGGUCGCUUUUGAAUCGUCUAAGGGACUGACCCCUGAGGAGAUGCUCCGCCUCCCCACUGGCCCGAGGGAGCGAUCCCACGAUGAGCUCGAGCACGGCCGCCUCGGCGGCGGCUUCCGGUCGUUUGGGGCUGGCGAGAGAGACGGCGCGUGGGGUGGAGGGAGAAGGGGUAACAGUGGUUUUGACGAGGGACGGAGAGGCCCGCCUGCUAGGGAUAGGGAUUUGGACCUGCAAUCGAGAGCUGACGAGGUGGAUAGUUGGGGAGCCGGAAAGAAGGCGUUUGUUCCUCUGCGGAGUGAUGGUGGUCGCCGAGAUACAUAUGGUUUUGGCGAUGGAAAUUCAUCUAAGGCUGACGAGGUAGAUAACUGGGCAUCUAUGAAGAAACCUCUCCCUUCCAAAUCUUCAAGUUUUGGAUCGGAGUUUAGGGAUACUCACACAUCAUCUGAUUCCAAUCGAUGGGGGAGGGACAGAGAAGGAUCUAUUCCAAGCGAAAUAGGGAGGCCAAGGCUCGUUUUGAAUCCUCCAAAGAAGAGGGAUGUUGACUCACCACCACCAACAAGCGAACCUGCUAAGACUCGCCCGAGCCCCUUCGGCGCUGCACGUCCAAGAGAAGAGGUUUUGGCUGAGAAAGGGGUGGAUUGGAAGCAGAUGAACUCUGAGUAUGAGAUGAAGAACACCAGCAGACCAACUAGCUCUCAUUCCAGCAGACCUUCCAGUUCACAGUCAAGCAGGCAGGGGAGUCUGAGCUUGGAAGAGGUGGUCAUUAAAUCUAAGCCAAAAGUGAACCCUUUUGGCAAUGCAAAGCCGCGCGAGGUUAUCUUGGAAGAAAAGGGAGUCGAUUGGAAGAAAAUUGACCUUGACUUGGAGCACAAUAGGGUUGAAAGAUCUGAAACCAACGAAGAAAGGCUUCUAAAAGAAGAGAUAAAUCAUCUGAAGUCACUGGCUAUUGAAACUGAUGGGGGUUCAAACCUACCUGCUGAACAACUUUCUAUGCUUCACAAUGAGAUUGCAAGCAAAGAAAAAGAUCUGGAGCUUCUGGCUUACCAGUUGGACAAUGCUGUUCGAUUUAGUCAAAGAUACACAACCACCAACAGUAGACCAGGAUCUGCAGCUGGUAGGAGUGAUACCUCAUCUACAAGGUCGCCAUCUCAAUCUGGCAUGUCAGAGAGAUCUAGGAGCACUGAAUUUGUUGACAGACCACGAUCAAGGGGUGCGGCUGGAGACGAAGGGGGGAAAAUGGCAAACAACAGAAGAGGAUUUCAGAGGGGGAGUGAUAAAGGCUUCUUUCAUGGUACAAAUAGUGACAGGUCGAGUUCCAGGGAGCGUUGGUGAAUUCUGUCGACAUGGAUUCACAUCGAUUUCUCCCAACAACAGUAAAGCGAUAAAAGAAAAGGGAGACUGCCCAUUUAUCCAUCCGUCCAUCUAUCCAUUCAGCAAUCGUUCAAUUUUGUUUUGCAGAACAAAAGUGUAGGCCAUAGACCUCCUUUCAUGGAUCUGUUUAUUGCAGUGGGUGGCGACCUGCGCCUUGCCUUGUUGAUCUCUUCUUCUUUGUUUUUGUUUUGGCCCCUCUUUGUACUCGAGGAAGGGCUCUAAUUUUGAGGUGGAGAGAUUUUGAAACUCAAUUGUAGCUAUUGUUGUUGCAUGUAAUCGUUCUGCUAUAUCAAGUUGCACGAAUUCUAUAUAGUGUGUUUCCUUCUUCA